AUGUCUGAGAGUGAGUGUCACGAAGUGCUGAAGAGGGCCCUGGAUGCCGAUGAGGCAGGAGAUGAGGAUGCCGCCUUGGAUUUAUACACAAAAUUCGUCGAAUUGACACUAAAAGUUGAAAAUACAGGUUCCAAGGAAAAACUACAGAAUCUCGCCAAACAGGCUCUGGACAGGGCAGAGGAACUCAAGGGUCGAAGGGAAAAGCCUAAAACUGAAGAUGUAUCUCAGCAGGUAUCAGCUACACAGCCAUCGCCAGCUGCUCGUGGUCCAGUACCAGUUUCCGGAGCUCAGGGUUACACAAAGGAAGAGAAGAUUGUCCUUGAACAUACAUCCCACAUCAAUAAGCAUGUUUUUGUGCCAUUCAUGAAUAUCGAUUUGAGUGAUAAAUUCAUCUACAAAAUACCCUUUACGGAUCCCGAUGGACUGCUGCAGCUGGCGCCCAAGCAGAAGGCAGAACUUAGUUCGUGGAUGCGAAUAAGUGAGCUGCAUGAGGAUCCCAAGAUGAUUCAGAAUCAGAAUAUCGAUUACUUCAGCAUUCAGCAGACUAUUGUGUCAGAUUGUAGUUUUGUGGCUUCUCUAGCCGUGUCAGCGCUCUAUGAAAAGAGAUUUGGCAAAGCCCUCAUCACUUCCAUUCUCUUCCCUAAAAACUCAUCCGGACGUCCUGUAUACAAUCCCAGCGGCAAAUACAUGGUGAAAUUGCAUGUAAAUGGCAUUCCACGGAGGAUUGUCGUGGAUGAUUACCUGCCUGUUGGUCGACAUGGGCAGCUCCUAUGUAGCUACUCAAACAAUCACUCAGAAUUCUGGGUAUCUGUCCUGGAGAAGGCAUACAUGAAGCUGAUGGGAGGAUAUGAUUUCCCAGGAUCUAACAGCAACAUCGAUCUUCAUGCACUCACCGGAUGGAUUCCCGAGAGAGUAGCCAUCAAAUUGGACCAAUCCACAUUUGACGGCGAUGCUGUAUUCGAGAGACUCCGGACAGGUCUGGCCAUGGGACGGUGCCUGGUAACAGCUGCCACGGGAGAUCUGCAGGAAGUGGAGGAGAAACGAACUGGACUCGUGUCAACUCAUGCAUAUGCCGUCCUGGAUGCCCGAGUGACCCAGGGAGGAGUAAAAUUGCUGCAGCUGAAGAAUCCCUGGUCCCAUUUGCGCUGGAAGGGAAAUUACUCAGAGUUGGAUGCUGCUCAUUGGACUCCAGAACUCAUGCGGGAGCUCAACUAUGAUCCAGCAGUAGCAUCGAAAGUUGACAAUGGAGUCUUCUGGAUUGAUUACACUUCCGUCCUCAAUUUCUUUGACGUUUUCUACGUCAACUGGGAUCCCGCCCUCUUCCAGCACACCUACUGCGUCCAUCAGAUGUGGAAUGCAGGAGUUGGACCAACCAAGGAUGUCUAUACCAUUGCCGAAAAUCCCCAAUUUCUGCUCAAGAUCAAUCCGGGAUCAGCGUCAGUGUGGAUUCUCCUUACCAGACACAUCACAACCAUCGAAGAUUUCAGGCAGAACAAGGAAUAUAUAGCUCUGGUGGCUUACGAAAAUGAUGGCAGGAAGGUUUACUAUCCCUAUGAUCCUAAACCAUUUCACGAAGGUGUUAGGAUAAAUAGUCCUCACUAUUUGUGCAAGAUACGACAAGAUCCUCAAAAGACCCGACUAGUAACUCUAGUCAUCUCUCAGUAUGAGAAAUCCACCACAAUUUACUAUACUCUCAGAGCUUAUUCCCGGGAUCGUUUUGAAUUGCAUAAAAUCGACAGUGGCUUUACAAAGGCUGAAAGAGUGAAUGGAGCAUGGCAGGGAAUAUCAGCCGGAGGAUGUACAAACUACCCUCAGACUCAUCGAAAUAAUCCUAAAUAUCGAUUAACUGUGGGACCGAAAGCACGGUCAACACUUCUCAUUGAACUACGUGCUCCAAAGGUCUACCAAGUAGGCUUUGAAGUGACCACUGUCUCCUGUGCUGAUCCCCAAGUGACUGCCAGCUUUGUGAAACAGGGCUCUGGAGUCUACAGAUCUGGAUACUCUAUGCUGGAAUUGGAGAAUCUUCCGGCUGGGGUUUAUGUAAUUGUUCCAACAACUUUUAUGCCUGGCCAGGAGGGACCCUUCAUUAUGGACAUCAAAUGUUCCACUGGGAUUAAAAUUGAGGAGAUUACCUCGAGGGAGGACACGCAAUCGUGAUAGCCUGUUCAUUUUUAUCAAUUUUAUGCACAUUUUACCAUUUUAUUAAACGGUUACAUUUUAAAAUAAA